GAUUUUUAACGAAAGUCUGCGUUAAUGGAGCGUUUUACUUGUUAAUUUUCAUUUCAACCCGUCAUUUUUGUAUUUCCCGCUGCGCCCCACUUUCCAAUGACGCACCAUUGACGAUAAGCAGAAACCAGCUGGCCUGGAAUAGUCCAGAUCGUACAAUCUAAGACAGGAACAGUGUUUAGUGUUUGUCAAACGUUGCGCAACUUUUUCACUCAAAAAACACGUUAAAUUCUACUUGAAAAAAAGCAGGAAACCAAGUGAAAAGAAUUAUUGAAAAUGUCCCUCAACACGGCUCACGUCCAGGGCGGUGUUCUGAUACACGCCGGAGAAUGUAUUCUUCUCUUCUCGGAGAAUGUUACCAUAGAAUAUUCAGGUGUGGAUAAUCCGAUAUUCAAGGGAACGAAAACUGGUCGAAUUUACCUCACAACACAUAGGAUGAUAUUUAACAACAAAAAAAAUACUGAUACUUUCAAAUCUUUUAGUUUCCCCUUUAUUACACUAAGCGAUGUGGAACUUGAACAGCCGGUUUUCGGCGCGAACUACAUCAAAGGUAAAGUCAGGGCCCAGCCGAAUGGAAACUGGGUGGGUGAAGCCAAAUUCAAAAUAGUAUUUAAAGAAGGUGGUGCCAUUGAUUUUGGCCAAGCGAUGCUCAAAGCCGCGCACAUGGCAUCAAGGAAUGGAAGUGCGAAUGCCCCGCCGCCAUACUCGCCGCCGACUGGACCGACUUACCAGGCUCCACCACCUGCCUAUGCUCCACCUCCGGCAGGUUAUUACGGAUGGGUACCACCAUUGCAUGUAUUCCCAGAUCAACCACAAGCCAACUCCGUCUUCAUGACUGACAUGCCGCCCCCAUACCCGGGAAUCAACGCUGGGUACGCCGGCUACGCAACUGUGCCACCAAACCAGGCUCAAGGGAUGAUGGAAGCACCAUCAGCACCAGCUGAAGCCAAAGCAGCCGAAGCAGCCCAGAGUGCUUAUUAUGAUCCAAACAGGCCACAAUGUGCAUACGUUCCACCGCCUGCUUAUUACGAGUUGCCACCGGCCUACCAGGAAGCGAAUAAGAAGAACCAAUAAAAGUGAAUCCAAAUUAUGCAUCUAACCAAAAACCGACAAUAUCAAAAAGUAUAUAUGAAAAUUGAGGAGACACAUGUAACCACACAUCACUUCUUGUUUUCAAGUGCAGGAGAAGCAGCUACGGGCCCGUGUUUACAUACAGACUUCAAUGUAAAAAAAUAAAAAAAAGGAAAAAAGUCUUUUAUGCAUUACAUUCUGGCUUGUUAAUCGUUAUUUCUAUUUAUAAUUGUAAUUACAAAAAUCAAUUAUAUUCAUGUUGGCUUAGUGU